AUGCCUGGCUGUGAGCCAGUCUGGCAUUGGAAUAAAAGGAAUGGCCGCUUAGAGCGUGACUCUAAAGGGGGAAUAGACUGGUGGCGGUAUAAUAAGGAAGUCCUAGUUCCGAAGCUGAUUCCUUUUGCCAAAGAAUGCAUGAUUGAGCGCCCAAAAACUUCAGUUCUAGAGGAUGGAGCACCAGCUCACUGUCAUCAUUUUCAGGCAAUGACCUAUGAUCUUUUUGGGGUGCAAAAGAUAAUGGACUGGCCUGGCAAGUUAUCUAUAAGCAGCAAUUCCCCUGAUCUAAAUGCCAUAGAAGCAGCCUGGCCAUGGCUAAAACGACGAACUACCUCCCGUGAUGCCCCCCGAGAUAAGAAGACUGGAAAACAGGCAUGGAUUGAUGGAUGGAGUGAGCUACCUCAGGAGCAUAUUCAGCGGUGGAUAGAGCGCCUAGUACGCCAUAUCCAGGAGGUUAUUGAGCAUGAGGGAGGCAAUGAAUACAAGGAAGGGACUACAGGCCAUGAUAAUAGGAAGUGGAAGGGGAAGAGAAGAAAGGGAGAGCUCUCUAGGCGUCAGGAUCUAGGAGAUGGCCCCCUCUUUUAAACCAUCUCAAGGCAGUCUAUAAAUACGUUUUCUAUGGGUAGUAAUAGCCUCAUCUUGGCCUAGAUAGGCACAGAGUACAUAGAUGGCUUCCUCGGCGGCUUCAGUGGACAGCCAGGUAGAGUGAUCUAUCAUAUAAAUUACCAUGGGAUCUACCUUGACCAUAUAUUACAG